GCACUCGUUACAUGAACGUAAAUCACGCUCUGAUGUAAGGAAACUUCAAGAUGUCAACUGCAGGACAACGAGUCUGCUUUAAUUUUUCCCGUUUUUCUUUAUAUCACCAUAUUUUCAUCAACACAAGGCAGGGCACUUUAAGAUCAUGUGCCACAAGGACGCUGUCCAUGACAUCACAGCUUUCCGCAAAGUCCAGAAAACUUCCGGAUGGUGAUGAAGAAACUUCUAAACCCAUCAAGUUCUCCACAAGCAAGGCCAGUCACCAAACCUGGAACGUGGACCGCUCGCUGGGCAGCACUUACCAGCGCCCCUGGUGGAAAGUUUUACCCAUCAGCAUAUUUGGUGUGGGCUUCCUCCUCUGGUGCAUCUUCAGGAAGGAGUCGGAGAUAGACGAGACUCUGGAGAAACAUCUAUUUGAACAUUUACCAGGACUGCUGUCGGAUGAAGAGGAAGAAAUUGACAAAAGUAAACCAUGACAGUGGCUUAAAAAGGGACAUUUUCCAUUUGUGAUGUUUAUUUAUUCAGAUAUGCCUUCAGAAUUAAAAUGUAACCAUUUUCUCUAUACUGCAACGGAGUUAAAAGUAUUCUAUUAUUCAGGUUGUCCAUUAAUCGCAGGGUUGGUGGUUUGAUUCUUGACCCACAGGACUCCACAUGCCAAAGUGUCCUUGGGCAAGACUCUGAACCCCAAAAUGCUCCCAAUGGCAGGCUAGCUCUGCCAUCAUUGGUCUUUGAAUGUGAUGGUGUAAAGUGCUUUGAAUACCGCCAAGGUUAAAAAGGUGCUAUAUAAGUGCAGACUGUUAACUGACUCGAAAGUUAGAACUCGAUCAGAGAACUCGAUCAAGCUGAAAAGGCUAAACACCACAACGAUGAAUUGAUUGUCAAUUAAAUAGUUCCCAGUUUAGUCAAUUUUCAAGAUUUACACAUUAAAAUUGUAUACAUUUUCAUUAAAAAGAAUAUGGUAAAUUUAAAUGUUAAAGUUCAUUAUAAAGCGCAAAUGUGAUUAUCUUGAAAUGUGCAAAUCUUAAGACCAAUAAUAAAUGGACUAGUGAAUUCCAAUCAUAGUCUGACUGCUUUGAUAGCUAAAAAUCUCUUCACAAAGUCAAAUGCACUGGAUCAAAUGCAAUAAAUGUAAAACUUCCCUAGCCUAGAAGUUGGGUACAUGCAGUCUGAAUGCAUGCAACAAUGAAAUGUGCUGUAAAUUCAGUGAUUUAAUAUACAAUCAGGUCCAAAUAUUUAAAAACUGGUUUCCAAAGAAGCAGAAAUCACAUACAAAAAGUUUAAUUCCAUGUCAUGAAAAUUUAACAGACUCCACCAAAGCCAAAAAUAAAUUAAAGCAACACACAUUGAGGUAGUGGAAAGUUUUUAUUUACAACCAAAUGGCCACAAUAGAAGACGGAAAAAAAAAAAAAAAAAAAUCCAAUAUAACUAAAAUAAAAUUGACACUAAUUCAUCAUGAAGCAUGCAGACUAGGCAGAGGUAUAUGAAAGUCUAAAAUACAAACUUUAAAAACCUGAGGAGCUCCGGGAAUGUUCUGACACUGCCCGCCCCCCCCCACCCACCCAAAC